GAAACUUCUUCCCCCAUUCUACUGAAGUCUCGCGAGAGCACUAUAGAAAUAGCUAGCGUAUGCGUGCUUGUACAAUCUCGUCAAGCAAGAAGGGCUAACUAGUGUGGCAAGCACUUUGGAGAGCAACUCGCCCUAUCUUGCCUGUUUUAAGUUCUGCGUGAAGCACCUGGUGUAGUGAUGCCGGUGGUAUGGAGUCCGCUGGCGUUGGUGGGGGCGCUGCUCACCUUGUCGAACAAUGUGAUGCAACUCGCUGAAUCAGCUAAGGCGAAGCGCUACAGGAAGAACUGCCACCUCCUCCAGGACCGCGUGCGGCUGAUCGCCAACCACCUGCGGGAGCUGCAGCAGGGCACGUCGGAGUCGGACCCCUCUCCGGCGACGCAAGACACGAUGAAGUGCCUGGAGGACGUGCUCCGCCGCGCGCAGGAGCUCGUCCAGUCCUGCCAGCGCAAGAAGAGGGCGUUCGACUUCCUGAGGGCACACAAGAAGACGGGCGAGUUCGCCUUCGUUGGCAAGCGCAUCUCCAACAUCAUGGAGAGCUUCCACAUGGCGAACCGGAGCCUCAUCCAGGGCCUCUACAGCGACCGCAUCUUCAUGGUGCUGCUAAAGACGCUGCUCCAAGAUCACGAUGGCAUCCGCGUGCUACAGAACAACAGGAGGCGGCUGGAGAUCGCCGUUAGCGGAUUGACGUACAGCAACAAUAACAUGUCGCCGGAGAAGAAAGAGAUACUGAACUUCGUCGAGGAGGCGCUGGGACCAGGCUGGCGCCAAAGGUACGCGGCGAAGCCGGCGAGCUACAACGAGGGGGUUCAGCAGGUCGCCAACAUCGCCAAGGACAUCGUGCUCAAGGUGGAGGCGGAGAGCCACAGCAAGGCGGAGGUGGAGCGGGUGGCCCAGCUCGCGCGGCAGGUGCUCUACUUCCUGCCCCACCUGCAGACACCCCAGCUGGCGCAGCACCCGGAAACGCCAGGGCUGUUGCACAGCCUGUGGGUGGACCUCGAGGCCGCGCACGAGACCAUCGUCUUCGGCGGCGGCGGCGGCCCACUCCAGUGCGGCGGCCGCGGCGCGGCCGUCAUGACCGGCAGCUUGAGCUUCUCCAGCGAGCACGCCAAGAAGAUAUGCAGGAUUGGGAACAGCGUCGAGCGGGUGUAUCAGAGCCUCACGUUCAUUGCCAUGCAUCAGAUCCUCCAGAACAAUGCCUGCUAGCUAGCUCCAUCUUCCCAAUUUUUCAUUGAUGCCUCCCUUUACCUCGCUGUCUGUCUAUCUAUCUAUCUAUCUAUCUAUCUAUCUAUCUACUCUUGUAAUAUAAUGUAUUUUAGCAAUUUUCAAACAGACUAAAAGAGAAUAUAGAAGACAUAUAUGCCCUCAUUUUAUUUCCUAAUUAGACGUUAUCAUCAA